AUUCAACAUCAACAACAACACAAAUAUCACCACCAUCGCUGUUACAGCUCUUUUCAAUUUCCAACUGUUUAGAUAUACACGGAAUAUUUAUUUGUGCUGUUUCUAAGGAAGGAAGCUUUAUGGACUUGGAAUACAAAUGGAUUGAUUUCUUUAUAAUCUGUGAUUUUAGUUAGGGCGAUCAAAGAACAACCACAUUACUCUCGGAGGCAAUAGCAAGCCAUCAUGAUGUCCAGAUCUAUUCGUGCAGAAACCAGGAGUCGUGCCAAAGAUGACAUUAAACGUGUAAUGCAAGUUGUGGAUAAAGUUAGACAUUGGGAAAAGAAAUGGGUAACAAUUGGUGAAACUACAAUGAAGAUUUAUAAGUGGGUUCCAGUAUUGGGAAGUGACCAGAAAAAGAAAACCAAAGAUCAUCAUAUGAAAGAGAACAGUUUGCUCAAAAGGCCAGCCUUGGACUCUAAUUCAAAUUCAAAUUUUGGUCUAGCUGAAGAUUCUAAUACAUGCUUUUCCAUGGUCAGUGAUUCACAAGGUCCUACUGACUUUUCUGCCCAGCUGGGAUUUUCAGAAGACUCCAACUCCCAGGGAAGUGAACCUGUUAGUAAACGACUCAAGACAGACUAGGCUGCUACCUUGACUCACAACAGCGACAAAGAAUAUUUUACGUUAGUAUAGUACGCUACAUGAAUCAAAUUUUGAAAAUUUUGUUGAAACCCCUAUCAGUUGUUUCUUUUAAUUUUCUUUUGGUGAAAUGUAUAAUGACAUUUUGUGUAAUUGAACUUAAAUGAAUAUUUAUAAUUAUACAAUAGUGUAUUUUGUUUAAAGACUUAUUUUUAUUCAAGCAAGAUUGAAAACACAGGCAAAACUGAGGUCAGAAAAAUGAGUGAGGUUCAGAAUAGUACUUUUGUUUGUGUCGAUGAUCUAUAUUUUUGUGAUAGUAAUCCAUAAUUUACCCUAAAUAAUUCACUAAACAUAAAUUGUAUACAUUGUUUACCUUUAUAAGUUGUCUCCUGGGAUGGUUUCCUCAUUGUUUUGCUAGUAAUAUACAAACAGCUGUUACUGUCAGUUAUGUAAAAUUUGUUGAAGUCAAAGAUACAAUAUGACACUAAAUAAACAGAAAAUAAUUGUCAUAAUGAUACCAUACCAUUAACGGUCCUUUCACACCAUAUGGUUUACCGGUACGUUAUUUUUUUUGUAGUGUAAAGAAUACCAUGGGAACUUUCACUAUACAGUUAUGACGAUGGCAGAAAACAACCGCAUCUUGCAGCCGUCCAUUCCUACUGAACCGGAAGGUUGUCGCACCGUGGCCAUGUGUCAGUGGCGGAUGUAGUUAAAUUCAAGCUUUUAUACUGCACGGUUUUUUGUAAAAUGGGAACCCACCAGCAAAUAGAUCAGCUGUUGCACUGUUUUAUAUUUACAUUAUGAGUUGUCAAGUGGACACUGUUUACGUUUAUUGUGACAUUGUAAUCAAAUUCAUCUUGACCUACGUUGAGAAACCGUGUAUUGUGAAAGAAAAAUAACGCCGCUAAAUCGUUCUGUUUUCAACCACAGCGGAAACGUGUGAAAGGAGCGUUAGUCAAAAGCUAUUUCUUCAGUAAAAUUAAAAGACAAAUUUUACACCAUAUAAAUGCAUAGCUGGUGAUGAUCUUUAUUUAUUUACGGCAAAAUCGCCAUUUGUACAAUCAAUUACAUGCAUAACAAUUUGUGGAUCAAUAAAUACAUUAACAUGCUGUAAGUUUUAUAUCUUGCUAUUUGGUCAUGCUUUGUGACCUUGUCUCUAGCUGAUUUUUUUCAGUAGGGAGAAAAGAGCUACUUUAAUCCCACAAUGUGUCUGUUGAAAACAGCCACUCUCGAUAUUAUAUAUCCUACCUCAUUGUCCGACCUCAGGAUCGCCUCGGUCGUUUGAACUUGAGCUUGUGUCAUAAAGAGUCACUUUAGGCCCUAAUGAUGAAAUGUAAUAUUUUGAAAGAAGGGUAGACGAUUUGUCAUAAGUUUGAAGCAAAGCUUAUAAAAUGGGUUUUUAUCAAACAUGAAUAAAUAAUCAGACCUUCAAAAUAUGAAAUAGAAUAAUAAAGGUUUUUGCUUAUGAUCAUAUUUUAAAUUCCCAACUGUGUUUGAUUACUGACUUGGCUUUUAAUAAAUUGUUCUACAGCUAAUGUUUGUAAUGAAGGUUUUCAGGUUCCCUUAUCAAGUUUUCACGUGGAUGAGAUGUACAGAACGUACAUUUUCUAGGCAAAUGUAUGUUUGGCAAGAUGACACUACAUUCUUGAUUGCAAUAACUUUCAAUUUGCCAUGAUUUAAUGUGAAACUGUAGAGGCAUACAUAUGGUAAGAUUUACUUAAACUUUAAUUUCACAAAACAUAAACACAUACAUCCUGUUAAUAGUACUAUGACGUGCUUGUGUUUUUAGCAUAUUAUUUGUAAAUAGUUGUAUUUUUUUUACAUGUGUAAUAAAGUUUUACGAAGUA